CCCUUCCAGCCUAACUACCUUAGCACUAAAACUAGGUUAGACCAGUACCCAACAGGUCAUGUGUAAGGCGUAUUGCCGGUCGCGACAAUCUCAACAAUAUGGAUCCGUAGCAGGAUACAAAUUGCCUCAAGUUGAGAGCUAUUUUUAGGUUGGUCAAGUCAGCCUCGAAUGGUAUUCACGAUAUUUGCGUGCACGUUUACCAGGUAUCAGUCAGCCAUACACUAUCUGGCCUUGAACUGCGCGCCCUUCCGACUGCACGAUCAGCGCGCCCUAGGCAUCCCGUAUAGCAUUGUCAUAUCGAACAACGUUCUGGUGACCACGCGUUUCCAAUUAUAUAACCACUAUCGAUUCAGUGAUUAAUGCUAGGCUUCAAAAGUAUUUUAUAAUACAGUACCUGAGCAAAGCAGACGACAGGAUAGGCCGCAUUCACUACAGCGUCUAAACCAAUCAGCCACCGCAAUUCCGCUUGAAUCUAAUUCCAUAGCCCGUCAGCAUGGCUUCCACGAGACUCAAUUUCCGACCCGCAACAGAAGAGGACGCAAUUCCACUGGAGCAUCUGAUCAAUACUGCUUUUCGCGACGACAAGACCACCCAAGUAUUCUUAUCAACUGACCACGUCGGCAUCGAUGUCACCAAUGUUGAUGGCAUAAAGGCCAAAAUCUCGCAACCAAACUGUGCGGUCUUCGUCGGCGUUGAUCCAGAGGGCACCAUCGUGGCCCAUGGUAGCGUCCGCAAGCUUGAUGAGACCCGUGCUUGGUUUGGUUUGCUGGCAGUCGAUGUGCUUUACCAGAAGCGCGGCCUAGGGAGCCAGGUGCUCGCUUAUGCUGAGUACUACGCCCGAAAAGAGUGGACUUCGACGAGGAUGGAGUUUGAUGCCGUAAACACGCGCUCGGAACUUAUUGCGUGGUACAAGCACAGAGGGUACAAGGAAACGGGAGAAACGACGCCCUUUCCUUAUGAGUACCAUGGUGAUUGGAGGGGAGUCUUGAGAGAUGACCUACAUUUCGUCGUCUUUGGGAAGAAUUUGGGUGAGGACGACCUCGCUAUGAGACCUGCAACCUAGAAGCUAUCAACGCAGAUAGGGAUAGGCACAUAUGUGUGGUAAACCUAGAUCAAGGUGGAAAGCCUUUGAGCAAAUAUGAUAGAGGGCGAAUCUGUGGAAUAACAAUAGACUUACGAUACUCAAACGCAUACAUUCCACCCACUGACUGUUACUCUUUUGGCGCCAUGCGGCGCGAACCUGAGCGAUAGAACGCUAAGAAUAGUCAGGACGGAGAUUGGGAAUGCCAUCACUUAGAAUAGUUAAGAGUGUUGACCUUGGACUAAAAGUAAUGCAUUAGCAAUCCGAAUGGCCAAUUGAUUUAUUUUUUAAA